CGUUAGGUCAUGAAAAACUAUUUUCUCAAUUAAGGAUAAUAAAAUGAAAUCAAAACGCAGCCAAAGGCACACGGGACCCGGCUGGCAAGGAAAAGGCGUCAACACUGGUGACAAGACAGCACUAAUCCAAGCCAAGCCAACCAACCAACCAAGCCAAGUGAAACCUUUUGCUGGGAAGGUGUUUUACUUGGACCUACCAUCAAACAGAACAGCAGAGAAAUUGGAGAGUGACAUCAAGGAACUGGGAGGGACUGUUGAAAAGUUCUUCAGUAAGGAAAUUAAAUAUCUGGUGUCCAACAAGAGGGAUGCUAGAUAUGUGCAGUGCCUCAAGCAGGACUCUCCUGUCCCCAGCCCAGACUCCGGGCAGAGCUCACCUCACCCUCGGUCAAACCCGCACCGGCCUGGCAGCCACAGGGACAACAUCAAAAGCAGAUCUCAGGGCCAAAUGGACACAACCAAAGGCUGA